CGGCCCUUGGCGAUGGCCGCUGGCGAGCGACGGGGGGAAUAGAGAGCCCCCGCCGGUGCCGAUAUAUACGCGGCAGCGGCUCACUCGCUCGCUCCACGCCCUCACUCAGUGCGGGUGGACAGGCAGCAUCAACGGCAAAGAAAGGCUGCUUGCUCCCACGCACGCCGGCAAAUAGCUAGCUAGCUAGCUGCCAACGGGCCGGGCAGAACAAAAAUCUCCAGGAAACCAGCACAGCCGGCCGCCGUCGGAGAGGCAAAUGGAGGAGGGGCCGCUCGGCUGGGGACGGCGCCAGGAGGAGGUGGUGGACGGGUGGAGGAAGGGGCCCUGGACCAGCCAGGAGGACAAGCUGCUCGUCGAGCAUGUCAGGCAGCACGGCGAAGGGCGGUGGAACUCCGUCUCCAAGCUUGCAGGGCUCAAGAGAAGUGGCAAGAGCUGCAGGCUGCGGUGGGUCAACUACCUGAGACCAGAUCUGAAACGGUGUAAGAUCACACCCCAAGAGGAGAGCGUCAUAGUCCAGCUCCAUGCUUUGUGGGGGAACAGGUGGUCGACGAUCGCUCGCAGCCUCCCCGGCAGGACGGACAACGAGAUCAAGAACUACUGGCGGACGCACUUCAAGAAGGGCAAGCCGUCCAAGAACGUUGAGCGCGCGAGAGCCCGGUUCCUCAAGCAGCGCCGGGAAAUGAUGCAGCAGCAGCAGCAGCAGUCGUCUCUUGGGCGGCAGCACCUGCACCUCGACGAGGGCGGGGACCAGCGCCGCGGCGCGUGCUGCACCACCGGCGCCACGGCGGCGUCCGGCGACAACGACUGCGGCAGCGCGACCGGUGACGCGUGCGCGCCGCCGCCGACGACGACGGUAGCCACCGAAGGCGCCGGGGCCGACCUGGUCAUGCACGACGCCAUGGAUUGCUUCUUGUGCCCCAUGUCCUGCUGCGACGACCUCCUCGUGCUCCACGGCGCCGGCGGACAGGCCGGCACCGGCAGCUGCUGCGGCUCAACGGCCAGCGACGAGUACGGGUCCAGCGAGGAGGACGGCGCCACGUGGGGCAGCCUGUGGAACCUCGACGGCGCCGGGGAGGUGUGCACGCUGUGGUAGAGAUCGAUUCGCUAACCUGCCGCUGCCGGUCGUAGUACUGCAGCGGCAAGCCGCGCGCAUGCCGUUCUGCUUGAGGGGAGGGAACAGGUGAUCGUCGUCGUCGUCGUGUGGUGCUGGUGGAUAAGGACGGAACGGAACAACUGCUACCGCGUACGUUCACUUUGCAGCCGCAUCACUGCAUCAGCAGCUAUACCGCCGCCUGAGCCGAGGACACGUGUGUCGUUAAGCUCUGGUGAACCGAAACCUUUUUUUUGUGCAUGGAAAACAAACAAGUUUUUCCGCUAGCUAGCUAUCCAUCCGUACCUGAAAAACUAACAGACACGAGGGACAAAUUUAGGGAUGUUUGAUUUAUAGUGACUAACUCUUUAUUUUAUUUUAUUUUAGUCUCUAAAUUGCUAAAUACGGAAACUAAAACUAUAUUUUAGUUUCUAUAUUUAAUAAUUUAUAGAUUAAAAUAGAAUAAAAAAAGAACUAAAAAUUAGUCUCUGAAAUCAAACGCUACAAUACAAAUGGAUUCUCGCUGGAUUACUCCACUGUCGUUUGUUGUGAGUCCAGUCUUACCAAAGUGCCUAUUUUACCAAUGUUAAACACUUCCCAGUUAACACUUAGCAGUUAAACAGGCGUCGUUGUUUGCCUUUACUGCAACGCUACUUUUGUAAGUUUACUUCUGCUCUACACACGAUAUAGCAUGGCCAUGUUCAGUUGCACGAGGAUUAGGAGAGAUUGAGAGGAUUAAAUCUCUUCCUAUUCAACUUGAAUUCUUCUCGGUGGAAUUCCCAAAAAAAAUGGGCACCUUUUUUCUCUCGAAUCUGCUACAACCUGAAGCCUUCAGAUGGUCGAAGUCUUUUCUGUUAUCAGAAAUUCCUACAGCUCUGCUGGAGCCGGGGCUAAAGUCUUUAUCUUUUGUCAUUCCUAAGGAAUGUCCGAAAGAUAAAUUAAUGGAUGAUGUCCUUUCUGAGAACUCCAAAAAAACGGAUAGUUGUGAUGACCCGACACCAAUCAUAGUGGAGUCUGAGCUCAGAAGAAGUAAGCGCUUGAACGAAUCACGUGGUGGGUUCAGGCAAGGGGCCUGCCCAAAAAGGAAUUGCCUGAUGUGCCAGCAUAACUUUGAUGGCCCCCCUCUUUGUCGUCCAAGGUGAUUCUGAAUCUGGGGACUAGGUUCUGCAACUUGUCAGAAGAUGACUUAUCUGAGCACAGUUUGAAGAAGAAGAAAUUUGUUGCAGGAUCAGUUGGCCAGAAGAGGACGGGCAGAAAGGAUAUGGAUGAUGAGAGGAAUGAAGACUCAACAGAUGAAGAUAAGCAAGAUAAGCUCUAGGUGGAAGGCGGGUGGUCUGGGCUGUGACUUUUGCCCCUUUAACUUUUGGGUGCGCAUGUUUAUGGGUUGGGUAUUCCUAGGACUUCUGGUUCCUUGGCUGGCACCUGAGCGUGCAUGUUUUACCUUUAUGAUACUCUUUUGCUUGUCGACUGACACUUAUUUUACCCACUGGUUUGGGUAUCCUUCUGACCCAAAAACUUCAAUGAGUAAUUUAAAUGAUGUUAAUUAUUUGGAUUGGUUUGUGCUGACUCACAAUGUUAGAGGAAUUAAUUCUACUACUAAAUGGAAUGGCAUUCGUUGUUCAA